CGGCGCGGGUCCUGCGUGGAGCGUGAGCAAGAGGCUCGCGAGGCAGGAAGGCGGGCGAAAGCAGCGGCGGCGGCAGGGCAGAGCAGAGCGAGAGCACGGAGGGGGCCGGGCCGAGCCUGCCGGCUCCGGGGCCCAUGGCAGGGCCGGCCUGACCCGACGCGUCCGUCCCACACUGGCGCUUAGAGGAGGAGGAGGCGGCGGUACCAUGUUACCCAGCGGGGCCGGGAACGGCGCUGCCGCCCUGCCCCGGAGCUCGGUCAUGGGCAUGGCGAGGACGUCCUCGGGCCGGCCGGGCGCGGGGCUCCCCCGCGGGGCGAACGGCGGCGGCGGCGCUGCCUCUUCUGCUUCCGCGGCGGCGGCUUCUGCGGGAGUGCGCGGCCCCGGCAACGGGACGGGCCCUCCUAGCGGCCCUGGGGCGGCCGCGGGUCGCUUCGAGCGCGACCGGGACUUGGGGGCGGCCGUGGCGGCGGCGGCGGCGAGCGACAGCGAAGGCAACUCGGAGUCUGGCGAGGAGGAAGAGCUGGUGGGCGACCGGCGCGGCGUGAAGCGGACUUUGGGCGACAUGGAGCUCGGGGUGGUGGUGGGGGGGCCCGAGGCGGCGGCCGUGGCGGCGGCGGCUGCAGCGGCGGCGGCGGGGGGCUACGGCGGGGCGAGCGGCGCCGUCAGCGGCGCCAAGCCGGGCAAGAAGACCCGCGGCCGCGUCAAGAUCAAGAUGGAAUUCAUCGACAACAAGCUGCGGAGAUACACCACGUUCAGCAAGAGGAAGACGGGCAUCAUGAAAAAGGCCUAUGAACUCUCCACCUUAACGGGCACUCAGGUGUUGCUGCUCGUGGCCAGUGAGACAGGCCAUGUCUACACGUUUGCCACGCGGAAGCUGCAGCCCAUGAUCACCAGCGAGACGGGGAAAGCGCUGAUCCAGACAUGCUUGAACUCUCCUGACUCUCCUCCUCGGUCAGACCCAACCACUGAUCAGCGCAUGAGCGCUACGGGCUUUGAGGAGACGGACCUCACAUAUCAGGUGUCCGAGUCAGAUAGCAGUGGAGAAACAAAGGACUCGCUGAAGCCUGCAUUCACCGUCACCAACCUGCCAGGGACGACGUCAACCAUCCAGACGGCGCCCACCACUUCCACCUCCAUGCAGGUCAGCAGCGGCCCCUCGUUCCCCAUCACCAACUACCUAUCGCCAGUCUCUGCCAGUGUCAGCCCCAACACGGUAACCAGUGCCAACGGGACGGUGCUGAAAACCACUGGAACCAGUGCAGUAGCCUCCGGAGGGCUAAUGCAGAUACCCACCGGCUUCACCCUCAUGUCAGGUGCUCCACUCCCUCCCGGGACCCCUACCAUUCCUCUCACUCAGUUGCAGCCGCAUUCCCUUGCCCUCUGCAGCCAGCAGGGCCAGGUGGCCGCUGCAGCCACACCUGGACAGGUGCAGCAGGCACAGCAGACAGUCUUCCGAUUUCCAGCCUCCGCCGGAGGGCAGUUUGUCUCCCUUUCAGGUGGUGCCGUGGCUCAGCAAGUUCCCGUGCAAGCCAUCCAGGUGCAUCAGCAGACGUCUCCCACAACUGACAGCAGUACUGACCUCACCCAGACCUCUUCCAGCGGGACAGUGACCCUGCCAGCUACGAUCAUGACUUCGUCCGUGCCAACCACCGUAGGGGGCCAUAUGAUGUACCCCAGUCCUCACGCAGUGAUGUACGCGCCUACAUCAGGCCUGACAGAUGGUGGCCUUGCCGUUCUCAAUGCCUUCUCCCAGGCGCCAUCUGCAAUGCAGGUUUCACACGGCCAGGUCCAGGAUCAGGGUGGAGUCCCUCAGGUGUUUCUGACAGCACCAUCAGGAACAGUUCAAAUCCCAGUCUCAGCUGUCCAGCUUCACCAGAUGGCUGUAAUCGGGCAGCAGUCCAGCAGCAGCACCAACUUGACAGAGCUGCAAGUGGUCAACUUGGACACAUCGCAUGGCUCCAAGAGUGACUGAGCAACUGUGGGGGGAGGGAGGGGGAACCUGGGGGGCAGAAGGAGAGAGACAGAGGAGAGGGUGUCUCCCUGGCACCCAAACCCGCAGCGGCUGCCUCCGGCUUUUAAAGCCUGUGCGUGGCUCCCAAAGCUGCUCCCAAAGCUGCACCAGGAUCUCUGCGGUCCCUGUUUUUCUAUGGACUCUGUCACUUAUUUAUUGUUGCCUUUUUCACGUUUUCUUUCCUUUUCUCUCAACACUUCACACUGACACACACGCACAAAUACACACACACACAAAAACACAUAUUAAAGUGGCUGUUGAGGCCAGCGGCAGGGAGCUGAGCCUGGGCUGUUAAGGGGGGGGUUGCUUUGUUACCUUUGGACGCUGCAUAUACAGUGCUUUUAUUUGUGUGUGUGUGUGUGUUUGUUUGGUUUUGUUUUCCCCUCCUCACUCCAGCCAAAGAAACGUGUCUCUCGUGUGUGGGGGAACUUUACUCCGCCAUGUGUAUAUAAUAUAUAGAAGAAGAAAAACCUUCCGUCGUCAUCGCCAGAGCGGGAGCUCCUUCUCCCCCUCUGCACAGCAUGUCCACGAACUUCCUCAGCUCAGUCUGCAACCUGAGCAGCCAAGACUGUGGCAGGGAGAUAAACUGGGACGCAGAAGGGUCUGAAGCCAUCGUCAUCCAAAAGGGAGCCUCUUGUUUCUGCUGUCAUUUUAUUUUCACUUUUAACCUAUGCUGGAGCAAAGGGUCAUCUCUCUCUCUCUCUCCCUCACCCCCAUCACCCCCAGGUUCAGGUUGUCCAGCUGGCUGCAGCAAUGUGCCUUCAAGCAAAUCAGUGAUGUGUUGUGGCCUGGCCUCAGCACAGCGACCCUUGCCUCUUACGCUUGGCUUGCAAAGAGGGGUCGCUCCCGCCGGUGCCCUCCUUCCCCUUAGGCUCUGUUGUGGGUGGUCAGAAACUGGGCGAGGAGAGGCAAGAGCACAUUGGCGGCAACCCUGGAACCAUUCCUUCCCUCGAAGCUUGUGUUUGGUUGGCGAGAACCUGCCGGCUUUAGGAGCACGUGCCCCAGGGUGUGUGAGCGAGCAGCGAAACACAUUUCACUGCCAGUCAGGGCGCUUUUAAACACCGCCCUGCCCACUUCCUUGGGUCAUACCCAGCAACCAUUAAGCCCCAUCGUUGCAACGGAUGCAUCCUCUCGGGCAAGCUUUGUUCGUAUUUGCAGGGGCUGUCCCUCUUGAGAAGGUCGAGGAGUUGAGCCGCGGCCCUUUUUCUAAGUAAUCGGGGAGAAGGAUGUAAAGGAAAAGUGUCAGAAGCAGAGGGAAAGCUCUAUUUUUGUAAGUUUUGAACUCCACAGGCCUUCCCAAGGCUGUUGUGCCCACGAUUUGAGACCUCUCACCCCAUCCCCCCGAAAACAAGACGAUUCGUCCCCUUGAAAGUGUGUUCCGCCUGCACCUGCUGCUUCCGAGUCUACCGUCCUCAGUUGGGACUGGCUAGGACUCGGCAGGCUUAAGAGUGGUGGGAACGCACCUCCCCGGCAGGAGAAAGGCAGCGCCGGAUGAGUAAGGCGACAACCGCCGUCAGGUCUUUGUGCUUUAGAAAAUUCCUUAUUGUGUAGCUCCGUGGUUUGGGGUCAGCAAAUGCAAAAAACAAAACAAAAAGGGAAUAGCUGCAAGGGAGAUCAGGAAGGGCAUGGUGCUACCAGUGGGAGGGGUGUGCAUGUGAUGAAGCUAUCCCAUUGGGGAAAGCACUCUGCCGUUGGAUAGUUUUCUUGCCACACAAUCAUGCACUUCAUUUUAACCAAUCCGGAAGUGGCGCAGGAAAGGAAUUCUUUAUCCCCCUUCCACACACACACACACACAGGCCUACUUUGGAGCAAGGAGGCUGCAGACUUUUAGAGAAAGGAAGCAGCUGCUGAAAUCCUUUUUUAAAACUAAAAAAAAAGACAAAAGAAGCCUUCGGGGGGGCGGGAAAGGACUUUAUUUUUCUAAAUGUUAAACUCAGUAUUUAUGUAAUUCUCAAAGGAAUUAAAAGUCUGGCUCCUGUACAGUUUUCAUGGGGUUUGUACUUGGGGU